AUGAAGCUGUUUCUUCUCUGGGAGUUCCAUCGACUGCCUCGACUGUUGAGGACUCCGACCUACUCUGGUUUCCUUCCUCCAGGGCCCGUCCUUGCCCACCUGGAGAGCGACGUUGGCCUCGGUGUUGCGGCGCACGUCCAUGGUGUCCUACGUGAACAGAUCCACAUAAUUGGGGAAGAUGAGUGCGAGGAUACAGCCUACCACGGAGAUUGCCAUGGCGGUGCGGGGCGCAUCCCUUCAGCCCUGCGUCAUGGCGUGAAACUCGCCGCAUACCUGAGCAAUUCGGGAUUUGGCCAGUCUCGGUUUUAG